GAGGAGGAGGAGGCAGGGCAGCCGGCCCGGGGAGGCCGGGCAGCGGCCGUCGCGUCACGAUUGACAGCGGCAUGUGCGGAGGGUCUAUAAACGGCGGCCGUGAGUGACAGGGAGGGCAGCGACGGCCGCGGGGCACGGCAGCCGCACUCCGGCCAUGAGCUCGACCCGCAGGGCCCUCGCGGGCCUCUACGGGCGGGGAACGAGCCACAUCGACGGGGCGGAGGAGGCCGAGAGCGCGGCCUGGGCCUCACGGCCGGACCGACGGAGUUACCUGCUGGGCAUCCGGCCCCAGAACAGCUUAUCAAGCAGCAGAUUCUCUCCCUCCAGUUUAGGAAGGAGCACCUUCUGCGCAAUCAUUUCUCAGCUGACGGAGGAAACACAGCCACUAUUUGAAACCACUAUCAAAUCCCGUGCUGUGUCCGAGGACUCUGAUGCUAAAUUCACGUGCAUAGUGACAGGGUACCCACAGCCCGAGGUGACGUGGUACAAGGAUGAUGAGGAGAUGGAUCGCUACUGUGGCUUACCCAAGUAUGAGAUAUUCCGUCAUGGAAACCGCCACACCCUGCAGCUCUACAAGUGCCGAGAAGAGGAUGCAGGCAUUUACCAGGCCUCAGCUAGAAAUAACAAAGGCAUCGUGUCCUGCUCCGGUGUGCUGGAAGUGGGAACCAUGACGGAGUUCAAAAUCCAUCAGAAGUGGUUUGACAAAAUCAAGAGAAAGGCUGAAGAAAAGAUGCAAGAAAUAGAACAAGGCAAGAAACGAGGAAAAGAAAAUGUGGAAGUGGAGAAGUUGCAAGGAAUGAGCCCUGAGCGGCUCCAGAGGAAGCGGAGGCUGGCUAGAGAUCAGAAUCUCCGGUCAGGAGACUCUUCGUGGGAGAAGGAAGACACAGCAAAAGUGCACGUGGCAGAUUCACAGUCCAGGUUACACAAGGAUAUUGCUGAGGCAAAGGAGCAGCCAGGCUUCCCAAACAAGCUGGUGGCACCUCUGAAAGCAGAGGUGACCACCAAUGGAGAUGCCACUUUGGAAAGUGGGGAGGAGAACGGGAACAGCUUUCUCACGUACAUCUAUGAGACAGUGGAGGACUUGGCGACCAAGCCAGGGGCAAAAGACUCUGCAGCUAAAAAGAAAAAGAAGGUGGAGGCUCCUUCAGCACCAAAACAGGACAUUUCUAAGCGAGAAGAAAGUGGGAGAGACAGGGCCAAUCAGUCUUCAAAUCCCAGGUUUGCUCCUCCUGUCCCCUUACGCAGGAAUGCACGUUUGCGAGCAGCAAGUGAUCAAGAAGUGGAAACCAGUCCAAAUCUCAAAGAGCCUGGGAAAGCUGUGAAACAGGACAUUAAACCUAAUGAUGACAUGUACUUCUCUUUAAAGGACAUGUAUUUUGAUAAGCAAGUGAAGCCAGUGGCAGGGAAGGAGGAGGUGGGAGCCAAGGAUGAGGCCGGGAGUCAGGCUCCCCUGCAGCCUGUGGCAGCCAGCAGCCAGACAGAGGAUGCUCCACUGGCCUCUCAGAGGUUGGAGGGCCAGAGAGGCCAGCAGCAAGAACAGAAGUUGGAGGGAAACAAAGAGGUUGCAGCAAGAGUUGGACAGUCUCCUGGUAGCCUAAAGCAUUCAGUGUCCAGUCCAACCGAAGAGGCCAGUCAGCAAGCCAGUAAGCUAGAGGAGGUCAGGAAAGAGGUACCUGUUUGCCAGGAAACCAGGGGAGCUGUGAAAAGGACAAAUCCUCGGUUUAGGCCUCAGGAGCCACCAAAGCCACCAGCACGUUCUCCAGACCAUGUACAGUCUGGCAAGGAGCACCCACCCCCCAGGAAACAGGCAGAAAGACAUUCCCGUGCUCUUGAGGACAGAGAGACUCAGCAAGGACUGUUAAAUCAAGAGAACAAAAGCCAAGGUGGGGAAGAGUCAUUGCUAAAGAAUUUGACUCCUCCAGAAUGUGGAGAAAACACUCCUCUUGAACAAAUCCCAUGUCAGACAGUCAAGGAUGGGAAGAGCAAAGAGGCAGGAGCAGAGCUGUCUGGGAGCCAUCCUGAUGUGAGGACAGGAGGGAGUGAUGCAGCAGAGCCAUGUCUUGGGGCUGUGCACAGGGAGGCAGGAGGGGCACCUUUGGGCCAUCAGAACACCCAAAAUGAAACAGCAGCUCCUGCUUCAGUUCCUCUUGUCAAGGAAAAGCCACUUCCUGCUCCCGCAGUGAGGCCAUCAGGGGCUCAGGAGGCAAUGCUGGCGUCUAACAGAAGCCCAGGGAUGGAGGCCACUGCAGGAGAGGUCCUGUCUGGAGCCCAGCUGCUGCCUCCUGCGAGAGGAGAAACAGAAAUCACAACGACAGAUGGAUCUGUCCCACGAGAGAUGUUUUCAGCCAUCACUUCAGAGGAGGAGAAUGCCAAGCCAGUGCCCAUGGGACCUCAAGGGAAGGAGGGAGGACUCCUGAGAGCCACAGCUCCAUGCCAGGAACCAGCAGCAUCUUCAGGGAUUUGGGAAGGAGUCUCUGAGGUUCAGCCACAGGUACCGCUGGUUCUGCCCGGCUCUGAGAGAUCUCAGGAGAUGUCUGUGGAGGAGAAAAUGCAGCACAAAAACCUGGUUUCCUCCUUGAAGAACUACCUGCUGCUACUUCUAAAAAUGUCAGAUAGCAGUAAGGAUGCCACAAAAGGGGACACUGACUCUGGGGACAAGGAGCAGCCAAAUGCAGGGGAAGGCAUGAUCCCAGAGAUAGGCAUUGCUGGCCUUAGCCCUCGCACCUCAAGGAAAGUUUUGGAAAAAGUACAAAACAACCAACUCUUCCAGACAGCUGAGAACUUGCCUCUGACCCCCAGGACAUCCAGACGGAUCACGGGAAUGAUUAAUGAGGAAUUUGUUACCAGCCAGGAGAUGCUGGCUUGCAGGCCUGUGCCACCAAAGAGACGCACCUGGGGGGCUCCUGAGGCCGAGGGGCCGCCCCCACUCUCAGUCCCCUCCAUCGUGGUGGGCAGCAUGCCCACAGCUGGAGAGGCUCCUCAUCUUUCUGAUUUGCCUCUAGUGAGCUCUGAAGAGAGCCCUGCUGCCCCUCUGGCAGUGCUACCUUGUGCCACACCAGAAGAGCUCGCUUUGGGGGCCCGGCGCAAAAUAUACCUGCCAAAACCCAAACAGGUGGGGGUGGAAGAGGAGGCGACCCCAGAGAGCCUGGGCCACACAAGAGGUCUGACUGUUUCACCACGGCAGUCCAGGAAGAAUGCAUCCCUGUUUCAUUCUCCUGCUCCAGCUCCAUCCUCUCCCUCAGAGCAGUGCUCUCCAACCCUCAUGAGGAAGAUGGCCACGUUGGAGGUUCCUAAGCUGUACGAGGAGCCUGCAGGUGACACCGGUGGUGACGAAGAGGUCCCUGGAGAUGCUAAGCCAGAAGCACAGCCAGCAGAGUCACAGAGUACUAAUAACCCCUUUAAAGCUCCACAGGUGGUCCGCAAGAUCAGGGCAGAACAAUUUUCUGAUGCAUCAGGAAACCUGAAACUUUGGUGCCAGUUCUUCAAUAUAUUGAGUGAUUCCAAGCUGACGUGGUACAAGGACGAGAUCCCUGUAGCUGAAGCCCAAAGGAGUGCUGGUGAUGAGGGCCAGGCAGCUUUGGCUGUUGUGCAGGCAUCCCAGAAGGAUUGCGGAGUCUAUCGGUGUGUGAUCAGCAACGAGUACGGCACUGACUCCACAGAUUUCCUGCUCAGCCCAGAAGUGUUGUCAGGAUUUAUCCUGCGGGAAGAGAUUGAAGUUGGAGAGGAGAUCGAGAUGACACCCAUGGUGUUUGCCAAGGGUUUGGCUGAUGCAGGCUAUUGGGGGGAUAAGCUCUUCGGGCGCGUGGUGAGCGAGGAUGUGGAGGUGGGCGCUGGUUUCCUGCGCAAGGCCUGCCGUGCCAGGGCCAUUUAUGGCCUGGAGCCUGUCUUCGAGUCCGGCCACACCUGCAUCAUCAAAGUGCACAACUUCAUCGUCUUUGGGACCAAGAAUGAGAACAGCCUCAUCGAGAAGAACUAUGAUAUCACCAUCCAGGAAUGUAAAGUCCAAAACUCCAGUCGUGAGUACUGCAAGAUCUUUGCUGCUGAGGCACGAGCAGUCCCUGAUUUUGGAGCAGUGCCUGAGAUAAUUCCUCUGUACCUGAUUUAUCGUCCGGCCAACAACAUCCCUUAUGCCACAAUGGAGGAGGACCUUGGCGGGCCCUGCGAGCAGUACUGUGUCACUGAGAGAGAUGGCAGCUUGGUGGCACGAGGCACCUCGGAGAUUGUGCUCAAAUGCUGCACCUUCCAGCAUUGGGUUUACCAGUGGACAAAUGGAAACAUCCUCGUGACUGACAUGGAAGGAGUGGGCUGGAAGUUGACCAACGUGCGGAUCGCUACCAACCUGAAAGGGUACCAGGGGCUGAAGGAGAGCUGCUUUCCCUCCCUGCUGGAGCAGUUCCCGGCCGCUCACAGGUGCAAUCACUACUGCAGCAUCCUGGGCCUGAAGAUGCUGGAGCCAGCCAAGCCCAAGGGCUCCAAGAGUCCUUGCCUGGGCAGGAAGUCUGCCCAGUCCAGCCCCCAGCUCCAGAAGAAGGUGCUGACAAGUCCUCAGAGCACCCGCAAGGCUUCUGUGAGCCCCAAGAGCUCCCGGAGAGCUGCAGAAACAGGGGAGGCCUCAACAGCCUGCAAACCCAGGUCAGGAGAGAGCAACAGAGCUGGCUGCCCGCAGUAGUCAGAGCUGCUGCAGCUGAGAUUCCUGCUCUGGCCCCCAGCCUGGGCCCAGCACAUGACCAGUGUGGGAAGGGGAGACCCUGGCAGUGGCCUUCUCCGUGGGGCUCCUGCCCGGCCCGCAGUGCUUGCAUUGUGUGGUGUGUGCUAAUUGUGAGUGGCUGGGCCGGGGCCACGGGGGCUGUGAGCCACAGGCCACCUCCCCAGUACCUCUCUACAGGAGCUGCUGCUGGAGCCUGUGGGGCCGUGUGCCUCUCCAUGCUCGGACUCGCUUUCCUCUCUCAACUUUCCAUAGGCCUUCCUUAAGGCAGGGGCAGAGCUUCUCCCUUGAGCUUUGGAGGCUCGAGGGAGAAUGUCCUUGCCUGGCUCCCCAGCAAACUGGGAGUCCUGGACACCCUCAUGGUUCCCAGCACCUCAUGUCCCUCUCUGUGUCCCCAUAAAGUGACUGGGCCAAGCCUUGCCAGCGCUGUCAAGGAUGAGACCCCCACCAGUGCCCAGGCAGUCCCCAGUGCCCUGGCACACCCUUUUUCCUGCAGAGGGUUCCAGCAGUUGCUGCAGGGCUCCUCUGCUUUGGUGUGGGGCUCUGGGGUGUUGGCUGGUUCCAAGGCAGGGUGUUUGCCACUGGUACCAGCAGCUGCAUUGAGAUGGGAUUUUGCAUCCCUGCCUUCCUCUGCUUCCUGGGGGAGUCUCCCACCCCGUUGCUGGGUGGCUGCUGAAGGGGGCCAUGCUGCUCUGGAUGGUGGCUGGUGCUACGGUAAGGAUGCUCUACCUCACAUGGGAUUCCAGGGAGCAGGGCAAAGGGGCGACUUCCCCUCCAUACCAGGCUCCUCUGCCUUGGUACGUGGGGGUGUCUAGCCCACAGGAAUUGCUCCUCCUUCCCCCCUGCCAUACAUAGACCCUGUAUGCCCUAGCCCCACAGCACAAUCUGGUGCUCAGCAUCACCCCUGCUUGGCACAUGCUGGACUCCAGCAGCAGCUGGCAGUACCCACUCCAAAUCCUGCUACCCCUGACUCGAGGCAGUGAUGGACAGGCACAGGAGCUAUCUGCUCCAUCCAUCCUCCAUCCCCUUCCUCAGGGCGUUGCAGGAGGGUGCUGGGUGUCAGCACCCUGCAGGAUGGGGUCCCAAGCAGUGGCUCAGUGCCUGGUGGAGGGAAGGGGCUUGGCUGGGAGCUUGGCAUGCUCUGGGCUCCAGGUUCUUUGUCCUUGGGUGACUGUAAAAUACCGAUGUACGUAACGCAGCUGUGUUGGGACUGGGUGCUCUCGAGUGCAAUAAAGAGAGAAGGACUGGCCUGUUCCCUGGCA